CGUGGACCGUGGUUAACAGUUUGCGACAGUGUUUUGUUUGUGUGAGACGUCAUAAUGCCAGUACUGCAUCACGCGUUUGAAAAUGCCGGUAAAUCUGCGGGUUUGGAGAUUUGGAGAGUAGAGGACUUCGAACCCGUUGCCGUUCCGAAGCAUCAGUAUGGAAACUUCUAUUCGGGGGAUUCCUACAUUGUUCUAAAGACCACUGGUUCAUCAAAUCUAUCUUGGGACGUUCACUUCUGGCUGGGAUCCAAAACAAGCCAAGAUGAAGCCGGUGCGGCAGCUAUUUUAACAGUCAACCUGGAUGAUGAGCGGUUCCAAGGUCUGGCGAUACAGCACAGGGAGACGCAAGGCCACGAAUCCAGGCAGUUCUUGGGAUAUUUUGAACCAGCAAUUCGGUAUUUGGAAGGCGGUCACGCGUCAGGCUUCAACCAUGUCAGCGUAAACGCAGGCGCAGAGAAGCGAUUGUUCCAGAUCAAGGGAAAGAGGAAUGUGAGAGUAAGACAGGUGGAAGCAUCAGUUACAUCAAUGAACAAAGGCGACUGUUUUAUUCUGGAUGUGGAUCAGGAUAUACUCCUGUACGUCGGAGACCAAGCCAAGAGUGUGGAGAGGCUGAAGGCCAUCUCCGUGGCCAACCAGAUCAGGGACCAGGAUCAUAGUGGACGGGGAAAUAUCGAGAUUAUUGAUCCAUACUCAAGCGAAGGUGAUGUGAAUAAAUUCUUCUCAGCACUCGGUUCUGGUGAUCAAGAUUCUGUUCCUGAUGCUGAAGAUGGUGGCGAUGAUGAGGACUUCGAACGCGGUGUCACUAAGGAGGUUAUCCUAAAUGAAAUAUCUGACAGUACGGGUUCCAUUCAGAUUAAGAAAUUGUCUCCUCCUUACACGCAAGAUUUGCUUAGUACCAAGGAGUGUUACAUUUUGGAUACUGGCAGUAGUAUUUACGUCUGGAGAGGAAAGGAAUCUAAUGGACAGGAGAAAUCUGAAGCUAUGAAGAAAGCCGAACAGUACUUGCAGGUUAACAAUUAUCCGUCUUGGGUACACAUUUCCAAGGUGGUUGAGGGAAUAGAGCCUACGGCAUUUAAGCAAUACUUUGAAGACUGGAAUUAACUUAGGAAUACAACUAAUAUAGAAUUACACUAAAAUUACACUUUUUUUCCUUUUAAAAACGACAUAUGUACGUAUUUUACUAUAUAUUGUCUACGUUUUAUAACUAAAAAAAUUUUUUAACUAAAUUUUUUCGACUACAAAUAUUAAGUGGUGCUUACAAAUACUAUUUGAUUUAUCGUUAAAAGUAAUAUUAAGUUAGUGUUUAGUUAAAAAGUUACGCCUUUUUAAACUAAUUGUGAAUAAUACAUUGUUGCGCACAAUAAAACUUUGAAAGCUUGAGUUUUA